AUGAUUGGAAAAUACAAAAUAUGUGAACCUAUUGGUUAAGGCUAUUCAUGUAAGGUUUAUAGAGCAUAAUAUACAGAAAAUAAUUAAUUUUAUGCCAUUAAGGUGAUUAAUCAUAAAUAGAUGAGUGAACCUUAAAUGAAAUUACUUGCAACAGAAAUUGAAAUCUUACAAACUUUGAAUUGCUAAAACAUUAUAAAAUUGAUUGAUAUUAUAAAGAACACUUCUAUUACCUUUAUUAUAACUGAAUUAUGUUAAUAUGGAAGUUUGGAAGGUAUUGUUUAAAUACUACUUCAUAGAUCAAAUGAAUAAAAAUAAACUGUUUAAUGAAGUAUAAGCAUUGAAUUUUUUGAAUUAAAUGUGUAAUGCCUUAUUGAUUUUAAAGAAAUAAAGUAAUAGACACACCUUAUUUAGAAAUAAUACAUAAUGAUAUUAAACCAUCUAAUAUCUUUAUUUCAUAGAAUUGUUUCAAAUUAGCUGAUUUUGGGUUCGCUAUGAAAGAAAAUUAAAAUUAUCAAUUUAAUUUUGGAAGUCCUUUGUACAUGUCUCCAGAAACUCUAACAAACAAUUAGCAUACCUAUUAAUCAGAUAUAUGGUCUUUGGGAAUCACACUUUAUUAAUUACUUCAUGGUUUCACUCCUUUUAAAGUAUAAAAUGAAAAAGAACUUCUACUUUGUUAUCUUAAUAAUCCUAUAUAAUUUAAAGAAGAUGUCAGUUCUAAAAUGCAAUCUAUUAUAUCAAAUAUGUUGACAAUAGAUCCUUAAAAAAGAAUAACCAUAGAAAAAUUACAACUUUUAAUUAUUGAUAAAGAAAAUAGCUUUAUAUCUUCAUCUUUUCAUUAAAAAACAAAAGUUUAUGAAAAAUAACCUUUCUAAUUUAAAGAACAGACUUUAAAUAUCUGCUAAUUUAUAAAAUCAGUAAGAUAAGAAAUUUAAGAUAAUGAAUUAUUAGUUUAUGCACUUACUGGAAUCAUACUUUAUUAUACAAAAUAAGAUUAAGGUAUAUUAUAGAGUUGACAUAGAAAAUGAAUACAAUUAGAUAACAGUCAUAGUACAAUAAUAGAAGUAGCCAAAUAUUUUUUAGAUGGUUAAAAGCGAUCUUUUGAAAUUCUGUAUGUCCUAAUUAGUACUCAGCAUUAAUCUCCUUGCUGAUUAACUUAAGUAACUAAAUCCAGUAUGUAUAAUCAAUUUAUAAUCAGAACUUCUAUCAUGUUUAAAUUAAUAAUGUUAGGUUAUUGGUCAAUUUAUAUAAUUUAUAUAUAUUUCUAAGAUCUGGUGAAUAGAAUAAAUCAUUAGUACUUGUAAAUUAAAAUAUAACAUUUCAAGAAGCUUAGUAAUUGUUAAGCUAGAUCAAUAUUUGA